AUGAACAGAACUUAUUCAAACUGCUUCUUUUUGGACAUUAACUUGGAAAAAAACGCAGAAACCUUGAUUGCAAGUAUUCUCACUUGCGUUUUCAACGCAGUGUUUUCAUUAAUAACCUCUACAGGGAAUUGUAUCAUUCUUCGUGUCAUCUGGAAAACUCAAGAGCUUCAUUUGCCACCCUUUAUGCUUCUACUUUGUCUUUCUGCCUCCGAUCUUCUGGUGGGACUGAUUUGUCAGCCGUUUUAUGUGGCUUAUCAGAUCGCAGAGCUUUCAGAUAACUUCAGGUAUUACUGCAUCCUGAGAAUGGCUCAAAAUAUCUCUGGCUGGACAACGGCUGGUGUAUCAGUGUUGAUUUUGAGCUGUAUCUCCGUUGAUCGGCUUCUUGCUUUAACCCUUCAUCUAAGAUACAGGACAUCUGUAACUAUUUGCCGCGUGCUUUUAGUCGCUUGUUUUCUCUGGACAGGUUGUAUAACUGGGGUUUUGUUAAAGGUUUGGAUUAGAAACUGGAUCAUUAUUCCUUUAGUGGUGUUACUGAUUUCAUUUCUGGUUACAGCUGCAAGCACGUUCCAGAUAUUUCGAAUCGUUCGCAAGCACCAGCGACAAAUAAAACAGCAACAACGAAGCGUCCAGAUGAACACAGUGAAUGUGCUCAAAUGCAGAAAAUCUGCCGUGACUGUACUCUAUGUAUAUGGGUUGUUCCUGUUUUUCUAUGUUCCCUUUUUCUCGACCAUGUUUGCAGAAGCACUAGUUGGGUACUCCUUGAAGGUGAAGAUUGCCUAUGACUACACGACAACUGCUGUAUUCAUUAACUCCAGUCUGAAUCCAUUUCUUUACUGCUGGAGAAUUAAGGAGAUACGCCAUGCUGUUAAAACUGCUCUGAAGAGAUACUCGGGAAAGUACUGACGGGAAUUGACAAAAGAUAACUUUAUAUCCUAGCCUUUUCUAACCUUUAAAACGGAGUGAUUUUCUUAAAACUCACUUUGAAUAGCCGUGCUUGUCGGAUAUUUCGAUUAAGCACAAACUCACCUACACUGACUUAAAUGAUUAUCGGAAUUUGACCGUACCCUGUUAUAGUUACAUAUGCUCGAACUCCGACCCAGUUCAGGAGUUCUUUUUUUCACCUUCAUCCGUAAUUAAUGCAAGGAACACGAGAUUGCAUCGAGCAUAUUUUCUGGGAACUAAGCGCUCAAACGACUGCGCAUACGCUGAAGUUAAGGUCGACUGUC